UCCCUCCCCUCCGGGCCACCCUACUCACACUCCCUCCGUCGCAGGGUUACCUGUUAGUGCUUUUUGCCGAGCGUGUAUUGGCGGUGUUCAGGGCGAAUUCCUCGUUGAAUUUGGCCGAGCAGGUUUGGUAGACUCGUGGGUGCGUGCAUGUGUGGGCGUGGGUGCAGUGUGAGGGCGUGGGGCGUAGUGCGGGCAAGGGUGGCGACGCACGGCACGCAGCAACGUUUCUACCCCCCUCACCCCCGAAACACGCAGCAGCGGGGGCUGGGCGGCGUGUGUGUGCGCUGUUGUGUGCGAUGGUCCGCCGCGUGGGUCGUGCGCCGCUUUACCCUGUCUGUGAACUGUGUGCAUGUCGUCCUCUGCGCUCAAGAUUCAUUGAUUGACGUGUGUGAGGAUUACACGGCACCCCGGGAGAGGCUAGGAGGCGCGCGGCAGCACGGUGAGAGUGAGUGAGAGAGGGAGAGACGGAGAGAGAGAGAGGGAGGCAGAGAGAGGCGAGGUGUGCGCGGGAGAGAGGCGCGGGAGAGAGCCACCUCUAGCAGCAGCCAGCUACAGUCAGCCCGGGACCCGCCACUCACUGCCACCGCCUCUGCUGCUCCAGCCCGCCCCUGUGUGUUCUGUACGAGCAGUGUUGCUGCCUCCGCCCGAGCUGCUGCUGUGUCUUCACGUGCGGAGCGUUGAUGGCACGCGCGCACCCCGCCACCCCCGCCCUCCCGCCCUACCAGAGUGCCCGUGGUGGAUGAGGUGGAGAAGGUGUUGGAGGUAGGAGGGGCACCGCCCCCUGUGACAGGUGCCAGUGUCGGUGUGUGAGUGGCGGCGGCCACAUGGUGUAGUGGUGACAGUGCUGAGUGGCCCGGGCCGCACUUUAUGGUGGCCACAGAAGGCUGAACACAUCGCUAUAUGCCCAUCAAGACGGGUCGUCGCAAGCAGCCCGUCACCACGGGGUUGGGGGCCCCAGGGGACCAUGACGGCCUGCCCCCACCCCCGCACAUGAUGCCCGGCGCCGUAGGUCCUCAGGGUCCCCUCGGCGGGGACACCGCCCCCGUGGGGCCAGGGGGCAUGCCCCAUGGCCCUCAGGGUGGACCUGUAGGACUCGGCUCGCACCCGGGCCACGGGCCACCGGGAGGACCUGGUGGCUUCUUCCAUGGCCCGGGAGGGUCGAGCGGGCCAGGACCGGGUCCCGUUGGGCCAGGUGGACCUGGAUCAGGACCCGGAGGUCCCGGGGGACCUGGACCCGGUGGUCCGGGCAUGCCAGGUCAUGGCAUGCCGAAUGGCCCUCAGGGACCUCCAGGUUCUGGUCCUGGUCCAGGCAUGAUGCCCGUUGGGCCUGGCCCCGGUGGCCCUGGCGGACCGGGUCCAGGGAUGCCCAUGCACGGACCAGGAGGCCCUCCAGGACCCAUGAAUCCGGCGUUUUUCAGACGACACACCCCUUAUUUUGGCCAGCCAGACUACAGACUGUACGAGCUCAACAAACGGCUGCAACAGAGGUCUGAG